UCUGUCUCUGACCGACCAUCUUCUUCUUCCUCCUCCUCAUCAAGCAAGAGGCCAAAGGCGCAAGCUUUAUUAGGUGGCCGCAAUUCAACUCGCAGCAGCCGCAUGCGGCCGCCCUCCGAUCUGGGCGGGCAGUAGCAAGGAAGGAAGGGGAAGCAAGCGAGCAAGCUGCCUCGCCCAUGGUUGCCCUCUGGAAGCGCAAGCCCAAGCCGGAGCCGGAGCCGGAGAAGGAGAAGGAGAAGGAUCGGCGGAUGUGCAAGACCAAGAGCUCCGUCGCCACCGCCGCCUCCGUCUCCUCCAUGGCCGCAUCGGCCUCCACCGCCACCGCGGCCACCACCCCAAGAAAGCACCAGAGGUCGCCGCGCACCACCGCCAACUACUCCACCUCCUCCGCCGCCCCCUCCACCUCCUCCUCCUCCGCCGCCUCCCUCCAGGCCCUCCGCGACUCCCUCCCUGACCUCCCGCUCCUCCUCACCUUCCACGAGCUCGCCGCCGCCACCGCCAACUUCUCCUCCUCCCACCGCCUCACCCCCGCGGGUAAUUCCUCCUCGUCGUCCUUCAGCUGCUCCCUCCGCGGCCACUCCGCCGCCGUCUUCCGCCGCCCGCUCCGCCGCGACCCGGCCCACGUCUCUGCCCGCCUCGCCGUUCUUGGCCACUGCCACCACGCCGCCAUCGCCCGCCUCCUCGGCGCCGCCGCGUCGCCCGACGGCUCCCUCUUCCUCGCCUACGAGCUCCUCCACGACGCGUCCCCGCUGUCCGCGCUGCUCCGCAACCCGAACAACCCAAGCUUCACCCCGCUCGCGUCGUGGCAGUCCCGGCUCAAGAUCGCCGCCGACCUCUGCGACGCGCUCCACUACGUCCACCUCCAGGCCGACACCGUCCACAACCGCCUCUCCGCCUCCACCGUCCUCGUCUGCGGCGAAGGCCCGCACCUCCGCGCCAAGAUCGCCCACUUCGGCGCCGCCGAUCUCGCAGGCGAGCUCCCGGAAAGCGACAAGACGGACCAGGGUUCAUCCGGCGAGGGCCACCGCCGCACGGGAAGCCGGGGGAGGCGGAUCGAGGGCACGCGAGGGUACAUGGCGCCGGAGCUGAUCGCCGGUGGAGCGCCGUCGCGGCGGUCGGACGUGUACGCGCUCGGCGUGGUGCUGCUUGAGCUGGUGUCCGGGCAGGAGCCGGUGAAGUACGAGUACAACAAGGCGACGGGGGAGUACGAGAGGACGUCGCUGAUCGAGAGCGCGGAGGCCGCGGCGGCGGAGGGCGGAGGGGAGGCGAUGCGGCGGUGGGUGGACCGGAGGCUCAGGGACUCGUUCCCCGUGGACGCGGCGGAGGCGCUGACAACGCUGGCGCUCCGGUGCGUGGCCAAGGACCGCGCGGCGCGGCCGGAGAUGUCGUGGGUCGCCGCCAAGGUGUCCAAGCUCUUCCUGGAGGCGCAGGACUGGGCCGACAAGUUCCGCGUCCCCACCGACAUCUCCAUCUCCAUUGCCCCCAGGUGAAGUUCGGUGAGGCCAGCUCGCCGGAGAACGAUUGCUCACCGGCUCAUGCAUCCUGACAGUAAAAAAAGAUGCAUUUUUUUUCAUGUGGUUUCGUUGUUAAUCAGGCGAUGUAUAGAUAGUUUUUCUUGUUAUAGUUGAUCUGCAGUGACAACAGAUUUAGUAGUGUUAAUAUAGGAGAUUUAGCUAACAUGAUUGACACAAAUGUGGGUGAGGUAGAUCGAAUUGCAAGCACAAUGCUAACACUGAAAUAGAGCCUGAUGAUUUCAGAAUGUAUAUAUCUCCAUCCAUAUCUAUAUAUCUUAUACUCCGGUGAUUUGGAUGUUGAAUACGAGUACUUUAUUAGUUGUAAUC